AUGCCUAAAUUACAAAUUUACACUGUGUGGAAGCCGAGGACCCUGCAGAGGCUGAGAUAGGACUGGUACGCACAUCCUCUGUGGGGGAAAACAACCGGGCUACUAUUUAAACAGAUAUCACGAGCAGUAGUCUCCUAUGCUAUCCUCGAGGGGUACGGCAGUUCGCUCAUCUACAUUUCCUGCCAGUCCGGGGGUAUAUUACAAAAUCCCGCGCCAGCCGAAGCUGCCUAUUUCGCGGCCGUAUUGGGGCUACAACCGUAACAUUAAAAGUCCUUGGGAAUUUAUCUUAACCAUAAACCGUAUAACCAAGAACCAUAGGAAAUGCUAAAUAAAACAUAUCUGUAUAAGGAGAGGCCAAGAAGCCAGAUGCAAUU